ACUUGACACGCACGUCUAUUGUCUGCUCCACGUCGUCGCCGUAUUUAUCUUCCUGGUUCCCUCAUCCUCCUCCUGAGCUUCCGGUCAAUUGAUCUCUCUAUCUAUAUCUAUACCUAUAUCUACUUUUCUCUCUCUCUAUCUCUCUCUCUCCCUCUCCCUCAAUCCAAUUCCCCUCCCAUUCCCUACAGAUCUUCUAUAACGUCCCAGUGACGACAAUCUUGUUAUCCUCCCACCUAUAAGAUCCCAAGAAACACCAACGUCUCCACCUCUCUACCCCCUCACCCUCCCCGCUUCUGCUGGUCAGCAAACCGAUCGUGUUCACGGCACUAAACUAUUGGAGACAUCCCGGACUUCCUGGUUCAGUUCUUGCGCGCCAACCCCUGCGACGGAAACCAAUUUCGCCCAGAAUCCGUCUCGUUUAGAGUCAUCACUGCCACUGUCCUCCGCCUAUAAAGACGCGCUCGACCGCUGGCCUCGAGAAGGGAAAGAAAGAAAAAAAAAAAAAUCAGGUUCCCUGACAUCCUAUACUCCUCUCCGGAUUCUCUAUAUCUGGUUAUCCUCCCGGUUUUCCCCACCGUUCUAAAUCGGAUCGUUUUCGACCUCACCCGCCCAUCCCCGAUCCUACGAUCAUUUCCUUUUCAAUCUCACAAUGCAGACCAAACACUUCUUUACCGACCCGGACCAUCUGGUUCGCACUGCCCUGCAUUCUCUCACCCUGACAAAUCCCUCUCUGGCUUUUGACCCCGACAACAAGAUCAUCUUCCGUCGCCCCGAUUCCGUCAAGAAGUCCAAGGUUGCCAUUGUCUCCGGCGGUGGCUCCGGUCACGAGCCGGCGUUUGCCGGCUAUGUCGGUCACGGGUUGCUUGAUGCGUCCGUCGCGGGCACCAUCUUCGCCUCGCCGUCUGCUGAGCAGAUUCGCAAGGGCGCCAUGGACUGCGUGAACAACGAGAAGGGCGUGCUGAUCAUUCCCAUGAACUACACGGGUGACGUGCUCAACUUUGGCAUGGCCACCGAGAAGUCCCGCGCCGCGGGCAUCAAGACCGAAUUCUUCGCCAUCAACGACGACGCUGGUGUCGGCAAGAAGAAGGGUGGAAAGGUUGGUCGUCGUGGCAUUGGUGGCGGCAUCCUGGUCCUGAAGAUCGUUGGCGCCCUGGCGGAGGCUGGUGCAUCCCUGGAGGAAGUCUACGCCACCGCGCAGUUGGCCAACGACAACCUCGCUUCGGUGGGUGCAUCCCUGGAGCAUGUUCACAUUCCGGGUCGCCCUGUGACCGCCGCGGAGGAUUCGAUCCCUCACGGCCAAGUCGAGGUCGGCAUGGGCAUCCACAAUGAGCCGGGAUCCCAUCGCGUCAAGGCCUCGCUUCCCGAGCUGGUCAAGACCAUGCUGUUCCAGAUCCUCGACCACAACGAUCCUGACCGUGCCUUCAUCACGCACCGGCCCGAGGACAAGUUCGUCCUCCUGAUCAACAACCUGGGCGGCUUGAGCGCGCUCGAACUGUCGGGUAUCACCGACGAGGUCUACCGCCAACUCGGCCAGGACCACAGCAUCAAGCCAUCUCGCGUCAUCCAGGGCACCUUCCUGACCAGCUUGAACGGCAUGGGCUUCAGCGUCUCCCUCCUCAAGGUCGCCGACACGGGUCUCGGAGCGGGCAAGUCGUUCAUCGAGCUCCUAGACGCUCCCGCCGAAGCCGUCGGCUGGACCGCUCCCAUCAAGUCGUCCACCUGGGAACAACACUCUAGCGACGCUCCCGUGCAGCUCAAGCGGACGAAGCCGGCCCACGAGGUGCCCAGCAACCUCAAGCUGGACCCCGCCGUGCUCCGGAAAGUUCUGGGCUCCGGCCUCCGUCGCGUCAUCGCCGCCGAGCCGCUCGUCACCCGCUACGAUACCAUCGUUGGCGACGGCGACUGCGGCGUCGGCCUCAAGCGCGGCGCGGAAGCCAUCCUCGCCCUCCUCGAGAACCCCUCCUCGGGCCUCACCGACGACGUCGUCAACGCCGUCAACCGCAUCGUAACAGUCGUCGAAAACACCAUGGACGGCACCUCGGGCGCCGUCUACGCCAUCUUCCUCAACGCGCUGGCCCACGGCCUCCGCAAUCAAGACCCGGGCUCUUCCACCCCGGCCACGACCGAAGUGUGGGCCAACGCCCUCGACCACUCAUGCAAGGCCCUCGCAAACUACACCCCCGCACAGCCCGGCGACCGCACCAUGAUCGACGCCCUCUACCCCUUCUGCAACAAACUCCAGACCGUCAAGGACGUCCACAUGGCCGCGCAAGCCGCCCAGAAGGGCUCCGACGACACCAAGGCCAUGAAGGCCAGCUUGGGCCGUAGUGUCUAUGUUGGCGGUGAGGAUGAGUGGGUGGGCAAGAUUCCCGACCCUGGCGCGCAUGGUCUGGCUGAGUUCUUGACUGGUCUUGCGGAGGCUCUUUAAUGGGCUUGAAUCCUUUGGGGGUUUUUUUCUUGGGAGGUGCUCAUCUUGGUACAUACUACAUCUCUUAAUAUAAUUUUAUGAUGUUGAUGACUAGUGGUUGGUUUAAUGAAAUUAUUUAUCAUCUA